GCCUUAUUCUCUCUCCUUCUUCUCUUCCUUCUUCUCCCUCCCUUCCUCCAUACUUCUUCCCCCAUACUUUUUCCCCCUCAUGCCUUUUGGGUUCAAUGAUCGAACCCAACAUUGGGUUUGAUUCGAUGGAACCCAACCCAGCAAGCUUAGGUUCCAUCGAAUGGAUCUUAGAUCUGGUUAUAUCGGAGGGUCUGGGCCACAGCUAGUGCUCAUGGCGAGCUCGGGAAAACCAGGCGGUUUCUUCGGAGAAAAUGUAGGGGAGGUAGAUUUACAGUCAUAUAUGAACCCUGGAACUGACUGUGAUCCAAUGGACACCUUCGAUGUGUCUCUCUUGGUUGUCUCCCCACCGAAUCCAACCAUGGAGACGGUAUUUAACAGCCAUCAACAUCGUCAACCAGCUGGAACGGAUCUUCAAAUUAGUUUCUCGGGGCAGCCAAGUUCAGAUCAAACCAAUAUCAAUGUUCAAACAACUCAUAUCCCGAAAAUGACUGCAGAGCAGCGGGCUAGGAGAAACGAAAUCAACAGACAAAGCAGGAAAAAAAAGAAGAAUGAGGUGAUAGAAAUGAAAGAUAAAUUGAAGAAACAUGAAGAUGAGAUGAAGAAUUUAAGGAUAGAGAAUGCAGAAUUGGAACAUGCCAAGGUUUCAAUGGGGGAAGAGUUGCAGGCUCUAACAGCUGUGAAAGAUAAGCUGGAAAGCGAUCUUGAAGAAUUUAAGCAAGAAAGGGAUAAGCUAAAUGCUUUUCUCCAAGAGCUAUUAAAAGAUAAGGAUUUUAAGUUCAUAAAAGGGGGGGACAAA